CUCCUACAGGUCUAUGAAUAUAAAACAACCCACGACCUCCUCAACGUUCGCACGCCUUAGUUGCCUGCUAUACUUACCUCACAUUAGGUACAUAUCAACACCAACAAACAUAAUCAAUACAAACAGCAUUUAAGAGAAUCUCAAAUCCUUCUGCCACCAAUAUGCGUUUAAACAUAUUCGUCUUGUCGGCCUUCGCGACCCUGCUCCAUGCCUCUGCAAUCCCUCGAGACGUCAGCUCCGCCAACGCGUCUAUAACAGAAUGGGCUGGUCCGCUCUACGACUGCCGGGGAAGCAUCAUGUGCUCUACUCUACACGUAAAGGCCUGCGACGUGGCCGUGAAUACUCAGAUCAUCAGAGAUGACGAGCUUAACUAUGGAUCCGCUUCAAGCCGCAGACCUCAUCUCGGAGCCUGCCACGGAUUAGGAGCCGAUUUCGGUUGCGCCAUCCUCGUCGAAGGAAACCCUAAGUGCGUCAGGUCUGGCAACGAUUUGUGGUGGGAUUAUCAGGAAAUUCGGAAGAACGGCUGCCACCACUGCGGACACAAGUAUUGGGGCAAAGGUUGCAAGACGACAAUCGACUACGAACCCGAAUGCCGUAGAAUAUGGUAAACCGAUCCGACCCGACGGAUUCCUCUCGGUAUAGAUGUGGAGUGUUGAGUAUAAG